GCGGGGUUAACUUAAAACUCGUGUCGUGACCCACAGGGAUUACACACGCGACAAACAAUGAUUUUUAAAGAGUUAACCAUCUAACAACGCUGAGCUGAAGAGUAGGCCCUAUUAAUGCAUUAAAUAUAGCGAAACAUUUGCUGUAACACCGUCCGCGAUGAGGCUCACUGCGGUUCUUUAUGGCAGUAUUUUAACUUUGAUGCUUCUCUUUGAAGGUGUUUUGAGUGGUGCAGAAUGCUCGUGUGGCAGGAAUCACUUCACGUGUGCCGUCAGCGCGUUUGGAGAGUGCACGUGUAUCCCGGCGCAGUGGCAGUGUGAUGGAGACAACGACUGCGGAGAUCACAGUGAUGAAGAUGGAUGCAUAUUGCCCACCUGCUCACCGCUCGACUUUCACUGUGAUAACGGGAAAUGCAUCCGGCGCUCAUGGUUAUGCGAUGGGGACAACGAUUGUGAAGAUGAUUCGGAUGAACAGGACUGUCCACCGCGGGAGUGUGAUGAAGACGAGUUUCACUGUCAGAAUGGAUACUGUAUCCGUAGUCUGUGGCACUGUGAUGGAGACAACGACUGCGGAGACAACAGUGAUGAACAGUGCGAUAAGAGGAAGUGCUCUGAUAAAGAGUUCCGCUGUUCUGAUGGCAGCUGUAUCGCUGAACACUGGUUCUGUGACGGAGACACCGACUGUAAAGACGGGACCGAUGAGGAGAACUGCCCGUCGGAUGUGACGACAGCCACGUGCAGUGUUGAGGAGUUUCAGUGUGCGUACGGUCGCUGUAUUCUGGACAUCUAUCACUGUGAUGGAGAUGAUGACUGUGGAGAUUGGUCUGAUGAGUCUGACUGUUCCUCUCAUCAGCCGUGCCGCUCGGCAGAGUUCAUGUGCAGCAGUGGGAUGUGUAUAAACGCAGGCUGGAGGUGUGACGGAGAAUUUGAUUGUGAUGACCAAUCAGAUGAAAGGAACUGCAGUACAUCGAUGUGUAUGGCUGAUCAGUUUCGCUGUAUGUCUGGUCGGUGUGUGCGGUUGUCAUGGCGAUGUGAUGCCGAGGAUGACUGCUCUGAUGGCAGCGAUGAAGAGGGAUGUGAAAAGACAGAAACUCCUCCGUGUGCCGCAGAUCAGUUCUUGUGUCAGAACGGACGCUGUAUUGGCCAGCGAAAAGUUUGCAAUGACAUCAAGGACUGCGAAGAUGGAACUGAUGAACAUCCACAUCAGGAUUGUCGCUCCAAGUCGAGUGAAGAGAACUGUAACGUUAACAACGGCGGCUGCUCACAGAAAUGUCAGAUGUCGCGCGGUUCGGUUCAGUGCACGUGUCACACUGGCUAUACGUUGACACAGGAUGGAAAGACAUGCAAAGAUGUGGAUGAGUGUGCAGAUGAAGGUUAUUGUAGUCAAGGCUGCACCAAUAUUGAAGGAGGUUUCCAGUGCUGGUGUGUCCAGGGUUAUGAACUACGACCUGACAAACGCAGCUGCAAGGCUUUGGGUCCAGAACCGGUUCUGUUGUUUGCAAAUCGGAUUGAUAUCCGUCAGGUUCUGCCGCACCGCUCCGAAUACACGCUGUUACUGAGUAAUCUGGAGAAUGCCAUCGCACUGGACUUCCAUCACAGCAGAGAGCAGGUGUUCUGGUCUGAUGUCACUCUGGAUCGCAUCAUGAGAGCCAGUCUUAACGGCAGUAAUGUACAGGAGGUGGUGGCCACAGGACUGGAGAGUCCAGGUGGUCUGGCUAUAGACUGGAUUCAUGAUAAACUGUAUUGGACUGAUUCAGGGACGUCUCGUAUUGAAGUGGCCAAUCUGGACGGCACACACCGUAAAGUGGUUUUAUGGCAAAGAAUGGAGAAACCGCGGGCUAUUGCUCUACACCCCAUUGAAGGAAAGAUUUACUGGACUGACUGGGGAAACAUGCCACACAUUGAAUAUUCCAACAUGGACGGCUCGAAUCGUAAAAUCAUUGCCGAUACGCACCUGUUUUGGCCCAAUGGACUCACCAUAGACUACGCCAGUCACCGGAUGUACUGGGUGGAUGCUAAACACCACGUCAUUGAACGCGCCGACCUGGAUGGCAAAAACAGAAAAGCAGUCAUCAGCCAAGGUCUUCCACAUCCCUUUGCCAUCACCGUGUUUGAAGAUAGUCUCUACUGGACAGACUGGCACACCAAGAGUAUCAACAGUGCAAACAAGUUCACUGGCAAGAACCAGGAAGUCAUCCGGAAUAAACUGCAUUUUCCCAUGGACAUCCAUACGCUGCAUCCACAGAGGCAGCCGGCAGGUGGGAGAAAUCGCUGUGGUAACAAUAACGGGGGCUGCAGUCACCUGUGUCUCCCCAGCAGUAAGACGUACACCUGUACAUGUCCUACAGGCAUUAAGAAGGUGGAUCAUUUCAACUGUGCCCCGAGUCUUGACAAGUUCCUGCUUUUUGCCCGAAGGACGGACAUCCGUCGAAUCAGCUUUGACACUGAGGACAAGUUGGAUGUUGUCAUUCCACUGGCCGAUGUUCGAAACGUAGUGGCUCUGGACUGGGAAUCUAGUGAGCAAUACGUAUACUGGACUGAUGUCACUACCGACUCCAUUAACAGAGCGAAAUGGGAUGGUACCAAACAGGAGGUUGUGGUGGACACCAGUUUGGAAAGUCCUGCUGGUCUCGCUAUUGAUUGGCUCACACACAAACUCUACUGGACUGAUGCAGGCACGGAUCGAAUUGAAGUGUCAAACACGGAUGGAAGCAUGCGCACAGUUCUCAUCUGGGAGAAUCUCGACCGUCCCCGAGACAUUGUUGUUGAUCCGAUCGGAGGAUACAUGUACUGGACAGACUGGGGUGCAAAUCCAAAGAUUGAGCGUGCUGGAAUGGACGCGUCAAACCGUACAGUUAUCAUCUCAACUAACCUGACAUGGCCAAAUGGAUUAGCAAUCGACUACGAGACUGAGAGACUGUACUGGGCUGAUGCAAGUGUAAAGACCAUCGAGUAUGGCAACUUUGAUGGAUCAGGCAGACAGGUGUUGAUUGGCAGUCAGUUGCCUCAUCCAUUUGGUUUGACGCUCCAUGAGGACAGAAUAUACUGGACAGACUGGCAGUCCAAGAGCAUCCAGAGUGCAGACAAACUCACUGGUUUAGAUCGGAGAACACUCGCUGAGAACCUGGAGAACCUCAUGGACAUUCACAUGUUCCACCAUCACAGAACUACAGUCCAGACGCAGUGUUCGGUGAAUAACGGAGGUUGUAGUCAUCUCUGCCUGCUGGCUCCUGCUCCGAAAGCCUCAAGCUGUGCGUGUCCAACCGGCAUCAACCUACAGGCAGACGGCAAGACUUGCACUCACGGAAUGAACAGCUUCCUUAUCUUUGCGCGGCGGACGGACAUCCGAAUGAUUUCUCUGGAUAUCCCGUACUUUGCUGAUGUGGUUUUGACAGUUAGCGCUUCAAUGAAGAACACUAUCGCCAUCGGAGUGGAUGCCACAGAAGGUAAAGUGUACUGGUCAGACAGCACAUUAAAGAAGAUCAGCAGAGCCAAUGUCAAUGGUACUGGACUUGAGGACAUCAUCUCAACUGGUCUGAUAACCACAGAUGGUCUGGCGGUGGAUUCGGUGGGCAGAAAGAUCUACUGGACAGACACGGGUACAAACCGCAUUGAAGUGGCCAAUCUCAACGGCUCCAUGAGGAAAGUUCUCGUGUGGCAGAAUCUGGACAGCCCCCGUGCCAUCGCCCUGUACCAUGAGAUGGGGUACAUGUACUGGACGGACUGGGGUGAGAACGCCAAACUGGAACGCUCUGCAAUGGACGGUUCAGAUCGCGUUGUGUUGAUUAAUAAUAAUCUCGGCUGGCCGAAUGGACUUGCCAUAGACAAGACUGGAUCACGGCUGCUGUGGGCCGACGCACAUACUGAGCGGAUAGAAGCGUCAGAUCUGAACGGUUCAAACCGGAGGACGCUGGUGUCGCCUGUACAGCAUCCGUACGGGCUGACGGUACUGGGACCGCACAUGUACUGGACGGACUGGCAGAGUCGCAGUAUUCACAGAGCUGAUAAAGCCACUGGAGCAAACACCAUCACGAUCCGCUCUAACCUGCCCGGACUCAUGGACAUCCAGGCUGUGGACAGUGCAAGAUCCGCGGGUUUUAAUAAAUGUGGUCGGAGGAACGGUGGCUGCACUCACCUGUGUCUGCCGCGUCAUAACGGGACGUCCUGUGCGUGUCCAACGGGCGUCCUGCUGAAGAGUGAUGGAAGGUCAUGUGAUAAUCUGCCUGAAUCAUACCUGCUGUUUUCAAACCGCGUCAGUGUGCGGAGAAUCUCUCUAGACACGACGGAUCACACAGACGUACACGUGCCCGUACCCGAGUUACAUAACGUGAUUUCACUGGACUACGACAGCAUGGAGGGGAAGCUCUACUACACCGACGUGUCACUCGAUGUCAUCAGACGGGUAAAUUUAGAUGGCAGCAAUAUGGAGACCGUGAUCGGUCAGGGUCUGAAGACCACUGAUGGUCUUGCGGUGGACUGGGUGGCCCGAAACAUGUACUGGACCGACACUGGCCGGAACACCAUUGAAGUGGCUCGCUUGGACGGCACGUCGCGGAAAGUUCUGGUGAACAACAGUCUGGAUGAACCAAGAGCCAUCGCUGUGUUCCCCAGCAAGGGGUUCUUGUUCUGGACCGAUUGGGGUCACAUUGCAAAGAUUGAGCGAGCGCAUCUGGACGGAUCCGACAGGAAGGUUCUCAUCAACACAGAUCUGGGCUGGCCCAAUGGUUUGACGCUGGACUAUGACACUCGCAGGAUCUUUUGGGUUGAUGCACAUCUGGACCGUAUAGAAAGCUCUGACUUGAAUGGCAAACUGCGUCAAAUUCUCGUGAGCCCCGUGUCGCACCCGUUUGCCCUUACUCAGUUGAAACUGGUGAACUCUCCUUUAACUCCUUUUUCCCGCAUCUCACAGCAAGACCGCUGGAUCUACUGGACGGACUGGCAGACCAAGUCUAUUCAGCGGGUAGAUAAACAUACAGGUCGUAGUAAAGAAACGGUGCUUGCUAAUGUAGAAGGACUCAUGGACAUCAUAGUGGUGUCACCACAAAGACAGUCAGGGACGAAUCAUUGUGGAGCGAAUAAUGGAGGCUGCACACACCUGUGUCUCGCCAAGAGUAACAGUUUUGUGUGCGCGUGUCCAGAAGAGCCUGACGAACGACCCUGUUCUACAAUUUCUGGCUAUGUUCCCACGGCACCUGAGAAGGGGACCGCUGGCACUCAGGCCCCCAAGAAACGACCCAAAUCCCCCACAGAGAAACCUCAACCAGGCUCAUCAGUGGUCAACUGUACAGAUAAAGCUCUAAAUCUAGAGGACUGCUUUCAGAACAACGUGGUGUCUGCGCCUCGUGAUGGCGGCCCUCAUAUCAGCUACGUGAUUGGUGGAGCUCUGACCAUCCUGGCGAUCCUGAUUCUCAUAGCCGCGGUCAUUAUUUACAGACACAAGAAAUUCAAAUUUGCGGAUCCAGGAGUGAGUAACUUGACCUACAGCAACCCCUCGUACAGGACGUCAACACAAGAGGUGAAAAUAGAGACGGCACCGAAACCAGCAAUAAACAAUCAACUGCGAUAUAAAAAAGAGGUGCAGGGUGUUGUGGACGGAGGCUACACCAAAGAGAAGAUCCGUAUCGUGGAGGGAGUUUGUCUGCUCUCAGGAGAGGACCUUUACUGGGAAGAUCUGAGACAGCUAAAGGUGUGUCGAGGGGCGGGGCUUCACACCUGCAUGCGUACGGAUACGGUUUCUCUUCAGACGAGCUCCGCCUCCCUCAACGACGGGGAGAUGGAGCAGCUGCUACAGGGUGACCAAUCGGAGUGCUCGAGUCUCAACACAACCCUUGCCUUAACGCCUCAACACCAUAGCGGACAUCCCGACACCGGCUGGGUCCCGAACCGUAAAGCCUCGACUGAGAGUGAAGUGUGAAACUACAUUGAAAAACUAUAACUUGUUGAAUGCUUAAAGAUUACAAAUAUGUCCUCAAAAAGGCUUGAUAUGUACAGUUCAGAUUACAUAUGUUGUACUUAACAGAAUACCGUAAAUAUCCAGACAUACUUGAAAAGCUUCAUCCUCAAAAAUGGUACGACGCCAGUCACAUGCAAGCGCUCCAUCCAGGAUCAUCCCGAUCAUACGGACGUCUCGCAAUGUUUCGGAUCCUUGUACACCCUCUACUUUUGGGCUACGACCCUCCUCCUUUGGGUCUUUGCAUUAUGGACGAGGUCAAUGAGAAUUCAGCGAGAUAUUUGAGCCUUUAAAUGGUUUCCAAGCUUCUUACGAUACUGUCGCUUCAUGGACGAUUUAAUGAAUGCUCGUGGACGGGUCCGCAUCCAGCCGUCAACGUGUCGUUUUGAAAUGUAUUUAUGAACUUUUUGUACACUUCCUUUGGGGUUUUUAAUGUUUUAUUGGUUUGUAAAGUAGUUUUGAAAGUGUUCAAACUGUUAAAGGACGCCAUUCACAAGACUUUGUGACGUGCCAAAGGACAGAAUUUACUUGCCUGAAGAAUCUGUAAUUUUACUGACUGUUUCUAAUAAAUGAUGGUCUGCUUUAGAGAGUUUCGCCAAGAAAGAUGAAGCCAGUGUUCGCGUAUUCAUCUUUGUUUUAUUUUUUUUUAUAUAUUUGGUACAUGCUUUUGGCUUUUCUCUUUUUAUGAGUUGAUAUAACAAUGAUAAAACAACUAACCAGAAUCUGUAAAGCACCUUGCACUUACAGUAAUGUAGCGGCUAAGUGAAACGUCUCAUGAAACUGGUCAAGAAUUUCACAAUUUGGUUCAUAUUUCGCCCCCAAAAUCAAAGAAAUAAAUAGAAAAUUAUAUUUUGCUUUUAAAGGAAAUGAAUCCUGUUUUAGGACCAUUAUGAUCUCUUUCAUUGUGACAUUAUUGUCAUGGCAAUUAGGCACACCCACAUUCUCAACACUGUAUAAUUAUAAAAUAGAGAACAAGUAAAUAUAUUCAAAGAUAAGCUCGGUGGUAAAGACGCUGACUGUCACACCUGGAGUCGCGAGUUUGAAUCCAGGGCGUGCUGAGUGAUUUCACUCGGGUCUCCUUAGCAACCAAAUUGGCCCGGUUGCUAGGGAGGGUAGAGUCACAUGGGGUAACCUCCUCGUGGUCGCUAUAAUGUGGUUCUCGCUCUCGGUGGGGCGUGUGGUGAGUUGUGUGUGGAUGCCGCGGAGAAUAGCGCGAAGACUCCACAUGCACUACGUCUCCGUGGUAACGGCCACAACAAGCCACGUGGUAAGAUGCGCGGGUUGACUGUGUCAGAUGUGGAGGCAACUGGGAUUUGUCCUCCACUACCCGGAUUGAGGCGAGUCACUUCGCCACCACGAGGACUUAGAGUGCAUUGGGAAUUGGGCGUUCCAGAUUGGGAGAAAAAGAGGGAAACCCUAUUAUAUACGUGUGUGUGUGUGUGUGUGUGUGUGUGUGUGUGUGUGUGUGUGUGUGUGUGUAUUAAUUAGAGGUAAUUAAUAGGUGCCGAUAGUUGCUAAUAAUGUUUUCAUAAUUUAGAAUUUUGAAAAUAAGAGUCCCUGGUGUGUUUCGGUCUUGUGCAUUUUUUUUUCUUCUGGUUAUUAUUGGGAUUUUGGUUGAACAAUAAACUGCAUCAGGGAUUUUAUUCAUGUUAGACUCGUUAUCUGUGUCUGCCAUAGUAGGAAAAGAAUGAGACAUUUUUUAACAUUCUGUAAUCGAUUUUCAAAACUAUCAGCAAGUUAAUCGGUUAUCGUCCUUUAACACCAACUUCAUGAUCUGUAUCGGCCAAAUCCAAUAUCAGUCGACCUUUAAUCAUCCAUAUUAAUAAUUUAUAUAUUUUAUGCAGCAUUUUUUUAUACAUAUAUAUAUAAUUAUUGAUAUAUAAUAUUUAAAUUAAUUAUAUAAUAUAUCAAUAAUCAUAUUUAUUUAUCUAUAUAUAUAUAUAGAUAUGAUUAUUGAUAUUAUAUAAUAUUUAAAUUAUAUAUCAUGGUAGUAAUUCUUAUAUUAUACUUUUUCUUUACUGUAGUUCAGUGAAACGUUACGCUUGUACAGUGAGAGAAUUCAUAUUGAAAAAAGUCAAAUGUUUGGAUGCUUUAUAUGAAUAUUGUGUGGUGUGCUUAAUUGUUGAAAAUAUUAUGUAACGGGGCAAAAUUUUCGAAUGCAAAAUAAAAUGUUGCUUUGCUUUUUGAUUUUUGACUAAAUGUGACCUGGACAUGUUUGUCGUGAGAUUCGUGUUUAUGAUGCGUUCAAACUUUAGUUCAUGUUUUAAUUUUGAGUUUCUUUCAGGACUUUAUUCAAACUCAUCUGACUUUCUCAAAAGCAUCUUGAAGUUUUUCUCCAGGUUCAGGAUGACGCUGAUUUGCUGCUAAAACUCGACGGCGCAUUGAAGCCACAUCAUAGUUUCACUGAUCUUGACACUCGAGUUGAUGUCCGACAAGUUAACCACAAAUUAGUGCUGUAUAGUGAACCUGUAGUUGACCUUUAACCCCUUCCUCCUUUCUUUUACAGAAAACAUUGUACAGAUUUUCACAAUGGAGUAAAAAAUGGUCACUGAAAUGUAAAAGAUUCUUCUGAACAAACGUGCAUUAAUUUGAUUCAUUUAAAGAUAUAACCACUUUAUAUGUUUACCUGGGGAAUGAUCAGGUGGUGUCAGCUGUUUAACAGCGUGCUCGUGUGUUUGUGUUUCACACGUAUAACUGCUGUAAGUUAACGAAGAUAUUUAUAAUGUCAUUGUUUGGUUGUAAUUUGUCUGUAAAUAUGAAGAUGUUGUAUAUGUAGUUCACAUUUGCAAUACUAAUAAGCCGUGUGUGAAAGUGAUGCUUUGCUCUUUUUCUAUCUUUAAUAUAAAACUGCAUUUGAUUUGAAUACAAA